GCAAAAAGAUCGCCAUCUUAUAGUAACAAUACAAGUGAAAUGGAAUUUUUAUAAUGGCUCUUCGUAAAAUUUAACAAAUAUUUUAUACAUUUGGAAUGAUAAUUUUAUUCAUAUCAUUUUUAUUGUUGGCCCAGUCGAUUACGAUUGGACAAUGCCAAUUACCAGAUUCGCCAUGUCCAAAGUAUUUUCGCUAUUAUUAUGAUAAUAAAUUUUCCGAAAUUAUGGGCAUUGUUGAAAUUCCAUCGCCAUUACCGAGAAAAGUUCCCUUAAUGUUGAGAGUGACUUUUAAUUUUCUCUCCAUUUUACCCGAGAAGCACAAUGGAAGUUUGGAAUUUAUUAAACCGCAGGACAUUUAUGCUCCGGUGCAGCAGGCAAUCGACGAAGGAAAAUCGCUAUUUUAUCGACUUAGAUUCCCUGCACAGCAGCCAUUACCAUUUCUCAAGGAAAUACACUUUAACAAUCAACUCAUAUGUGUUGGCCCUGCAGAUAAGUGGCCAAUUGUAAAUGUCAUCGACUAUACAAAAAUUCUCUAUCCCCCGGAAUUUCUUUUUCGUUUUAAUAAUCAAAUUCCACAAAAUAAUACUAAUAGUUCAUUGGCGGGAGAAAUAAAUGAAAAUAUAAAAAUGGAAAAAAAUUGUGGUACAUCUAAAGUGAAAAAUUUAUCAAUUCUCUAUCUCAAUGAAAAUGGUGAGAAAACAUAUCCCGGUCAAUGGCCAUGGUUAACGGCAAUUUUUGUACGUUCAAAAACAACAUUUGAAUUUAAGUGUACCGGCAGUCUUGUUACACAAAAACAUGUAAUUUCAGUUGCACAUUGUUUCAUACAAAAUAGAGCAAAAAUAGUCGACGAAGUUUAUGUUCAACUUGGUAAAUAUUAUCUUGAUACUGAAAAUGAAUUGGAAUCAUUGGGACGAACAAUUUCCGAAAUAAGAUAUCAUCCAGAUUAUAUACAAAUUCCCUAUCCGCAUUCUGAUUCGGAUUUAGCGAUUCUCGUUCUAACUGAUCCUGUACAUUAUACAAUGAAUAUUCAACCAAUUUGCUUAUGGAACGAGCCUAAUGAUCUCGACAGGAUUAUUGGAAAAUCGGGAAUUGUCGUUGGAUGGGGAAAAUAUGGUGAGAAUUUUAAUGGUGAACCACAGGUGAUGAGUGAAAAAAUUGUCUCACAGGAGGACUGUUUACGCAGUAAUCUUGCGUUUGUUAUAAUAACAUCGAAUCGAACAUUUUGCGCUGGUAAUAGAAAUGGUAAAGGUCCAUGCAAUGGAGAUAGCGGAAGUGGUCUGCAAAUAUUAAAUUCUGAAACUGGAAAGUAUCAUUUACGUGGACUUGUUUCAUUGUCUCUUUCUGAUAAUGAAAGAAAGUCAUGUGACUUAAAUCAAUAUGUUGUGUACACUGACCUUGCGAAACAUCGUAACUGGAUUGAAAAUGCAAUUUCCGACGACGUUUGA